UGGGUCUCCAUCAGAAGAACCUGCAGGCUGGCCUGGUCUGGCCGGCACACUCCUCCUCCCAGUGUAGGGACCCACCCCAGCCCCCAGGAUGCCCAGCAGAACAGUACGCUAUACCCGCUAUAGCCCCCGGCAGCGGCGCCGGCGGCUGCUGGCUGACCGCAGUGUGCGCUUCCCUAAUGACGUCCUCUUCUUGGACCACAUCCGCCAGGGUGACCUGGAGCAGGUAGGGCGUUUCAUCCGGGCUCGGAAAGUCUCCCUGGACACAAUCCACCCCUCAGGCCUGGCUGCUCUGCAUGAAGCAGUGCUCUCUGGAAACCUGGAGUGUGUGAAGUUGCUGGUCAAAUACGGGGCUGACAUACACCAGCGCGAUGAGACGGGGUGGACGCCUCUGCACAUCGCCUGCAGCGAUGGGUACCCAGACAUUGCCAGGUACCUCAUCUCCCUGGGGGCAGACAGAGAGGCAGCCAAUGACGACGGUGACCUGCCCUCCGACCUCAUCGACCCAGACUUCAAGGACCUGGUGGAGCUCUUCAAAGGAACCAGGAUGAACUGAGUCAGGCCUGCACUCCCGGGCUCCUGCGCUCGUUCCAGGAACAGGGCAUUCUUCAUUUGUCGGAUCAGGGCUGCCGCUGGGCUGGCCAGGACUGGUCCUGGGGCGCGACCCCUGUCCCCUACAUCCAUGUCUCUGGCUUGGCUUUUUCACCAGGUGAAUUUCUCGUGUGGUGCUGGGGCUCAACCAGGUGCUCACACGUGGUGGGCAAGUGCUCCCAAGUGCUCCACCACUGAGCUACGUCCCCAGCCCGCUAGGUGAUUUUUUAUUGUGACACUUUGUACUUUUUCAAUAAACGUGAUUCCCAAGCCUG